CGUCUCUGUCCGUGUGCUUGUGCGUGUGGGGUGCUGUGCUUGCCACAUACACACGUACACACAUACACACACACACCAAGCUUCUGAUGAGUCGGUGAAAGUCCGACGAUACAGUCUGGCACAGUCAUGCUUUAUUUGAGUGUAAAGCGAAUAUGACAACACACACACAGACACACACACACACACACACACACACCCACAGAUACAGAGGUCCGCGGGGGAAAAUGAGGAGUAUGCUGCUCUCGAUUGAUGUUGGAAGCCGCGAAGAGGUGAACCUUCUUCUUUUCGUUCAAGGAGCGGUGAACAGCUCUGCGCUAAAGAGGUGCCUGUCACAACCUGGGUUACAAAUACCGUCUUGGAAAGCUCAAACUCUGUAGUCUAUACGUCAAGAAUGGAYAGUGUUAUUGGGGUCACGACUAGCAGGUGCUUAUUCGCUAAUGUCCGCCCCUCUCAUAGGGAUAGAUGGCGAAGUGGGAACAUCAUUCUCGGUGAGGCAACAUCACGUAGUUGUCAACGGUGGACCUCUUUUCCUAAGUCUUUURAGGGCUUCUGUCGUCAAACGUUGAUGACUUCAACAAUGGUGCCCCAUCGCCGCUUUAUAAGCCAUAACAGAACUGUGAAGGUGUUGGCGAAAGGAGAAGAGAAUGGCAUGGAUUGCGCCAUGAAGCAACGGCAUGGAAGUCGUGUGGGCAUCGGUGUUGCGGCAUGUGCUGUUCCAGAGCACCAGCAGCAGACAACAGGUGUGACAUUGCCUGAUGAACGUGAGGAACAGAAGUCGUCUGUUCAUUCCCAGAUUUCUGUCAAGAUUUGUGGUGUAGCUUAUCCAGAGGAUGCCACGUGGGCGGCAAGGUGUGGUGCUGACUUCGUUGGCAUGAUUUUGUGGCCGAAGUCUAAGCGCUCAAUCUCCCGUCAGCAAGCAGUUGAUGUGGCCAACGCUGCAAAGGAACAUGGAGCUGUUCCUGUGGGUGUCUUUGUGGAGGAGGGAGUUGAAGAGAUAGUUAAUUCGUGUACGUCCGCUGGCAUAGCCGUUGCUCAACUCCAUGGAGAUGGUGCAAUGCGUGCAUUGGGUGAUCUGCCAGAUUGGCUGCAAGUGGUGUAUGUUUUGAACGCUGACAAACAUGGGACACUGCAGCCAGCUUCACUGUUGGGAUUAACUGGGUCGCUGACUCCUGAAGAAGGUGGUGGUCAUGGUGUGCUUGUUAAUCGACGUGCUGACUGGGUGCUGAUUGAUGUGGUCUGUCUGGAGGAAGCGGUGUGAGCAUUGACUGGGAGAGGCUGAAAGUUCCACAGAAUAUCUCCAAGUAUGGCUGGUGGCUAGCAGGUGGUCUCCACCCUGGUAAUGUGAGGACAGCGGUCCGGAUUCUUUCUCCGGAUUUGGUCGAUGUUUCGAGUGGGGUUGCUGGGAUAGAUGGUGUGCGAAAGGACUUAAGUAAAGUCAAGUCCUUYAUCGAUAAUGCCAAGUCGGCAGUGCUCUCUGAUGCAGCAGCUAGAURAGAUGCUUUGUGUGUGUUUUCUUGGGCACCCAUCUUCGACCAUGUCCAUCUUCCUGCCUGCUGCUUCGACAGUCAUCCUGCAGCGUUAGUYGCUUUUCUGACGAACUAGUCUCUUGAGGUCACAGUUGUGACAUUUUUAGCCGAAGCGGAAUCCCGAAGGAGUUCGAAGAGUUUCCAUACGAAAUGCAUGGAAGGCUGCACAUUUUGGUCACUAUUUCUUCAGGGGUGUGUAUGGAGUCUGAAGUUUAGAUCAAAUACCGGGGAGAAUUACUUUCCACAAAAGUUGAAAUGGGUUGACAAUCGGUUACUUGUGGUGACAGGAUAUGCGCUGCAAUGGAACAGAGUGGAGUGAUCCUGCCGCAUUGGUUGGAAAACAAGGUCCCCCCAGGGUCUUGAGGUGCUGCUUCUCUUUCUUCUUCAAUGAGAGUGGUUGUGCAUAUUGGAUGCUGUUGGUUGGAAAACAAGGUGCCCCCGGGGUCUUUAGGUGCUCUCCUUCUCUUUCUUCUCCAGAAUAGAGAUAGUCAGUAUUAGGGGCAUGCUUUUCCAAAUCGAUCCAACCUGGUAGGCACCAGCUUUYUCCCUCCAGCUGUGGAUUUGUGCACCUCCACAAACUUCUGUUGUAUCUGUGUGCACCGAAUUUCGUGCCCAGGGAGGUUUCUAUGACAUCAUUCUUCACAGCAUGUCGUGCAUGGCACAGUGUUGCGAUCUUGUUACCUGGAGGAUGUGUGAUGUCUCGUCAUGUUAGAUAAUAUGUCUUGGGGUUCCAAGUCUACCCUUGACAGUCAGCUGAUCCCUGUUCGAUUUAUGAGGCCCUGGUAGUAGUAGGUGGUUCCUCUAGGUGGAACAGAGAUGUGGACCGUUUGAAUCUGGAGGCCGCACGCCACGGGMUUUGUAGUGGAAGCCUUGAUGUGAAGUAUGAGAGCAUGUCACUGGUGGCGUGGUAAAGCGGCUGGCGUUUUCUGCAGGAAUUGCCAUGAGUGAUUUUUUUUUGUCUUCUGCACUGACGAUCUCCAUUUCCGUGGUGAUUUGGUCUUCAAAUGCUCUUUGCUAUCCUUCUCUGUCGUGAGAGGAUUAGGAAUUUCUCUUUUCCUGGUGGUGAUGUCGAUGGUUGGUUACUCCAAGUAGCUUCUAGAUUGCUUCCUGUUCGAAAUGACGAGUUGGGAGACAAAUGUGUAUGUUCGUCGAUGUUGCUCCCUUCGUUGUUAUUAUCAAAUUGUUGCAGGCGAUAGCCGGACUCUCUUCUGUUUGAAGGCAGCAGUGAAGGAUCAUGCUAAGUCGAAUUGUCUUUUACAACGCCCAUUCCAGGUCAUGCGACAAACCGAGAGGUGGGUUGGUUAGAGACGGCGCAUCGGGGGAGAGGAAAGGAAGCAUUGUCACCUUGUGUGAACAUUUGCUCUGUCUGGCACCGUGGUCUCUGAAGUUUCCCCGGGAUGGAUAUGAAGAAGCAACUGAAGUUUAAGACGGAUGUGCACAAGAGGUGUUGAAAGAGCUCCAAUCAUAUGAUAAGGAAGUCGCAAGAGAGCAGGUGAAAGUAGACAAGAUGAAAGCAGAGGGAGGGAUCCCUUUGACAUCAAGCAGCAGGAAAACGUGCUUGCAGAGUCCCAAAUGUUGAUACCUGAUUGCCGCAGAAGGCUUGGUAAUGCUCUUCAAGACCUGAGGUCUUUGCUUUCUGAAUCAGAGGGCGAUGCUUCUGUAGAAGGAAUUGAAGAGUGCAAGGAGCAUUGUUGAUGCAGCUGUAACCAUAGAAGCAGCCCGAGGGGUUCAAAGUCCUUGUAUACUGUGAUAUACCUGCUGAGUCAUUCAUUCUCUGAAGGCCAUCCGUAAGAGGUCUCAUUUGUGCAGUGGAAGUUUCUGUAGGAGGCUGUCUUUCCCACAGAGCUGUCUUGAAGCGUGGAAGAACUACUUGCUGAUGCAGCAGCGUGCAAGCACUGUACAUGUCCGGAGAUGUGUAUGCUCUGACAAAUUUUGCUGAGCGAUACGUUUGUCUGAUCCCUCGCUUGCAGCUUCUUUCAUUUUCCUGCUCUCGUGUGCAGCUUCUUUCAUUUUCCCGCCCUGCAGCUAGGGGAGCUCCUUGUUAGACAUUCGGUUAGGCAACCGAAUCUGUAAUGCAGGUUGUUAAGAAAAAUGUUAGAUGGUUCUUGGAGGCUACCGACAGAAGAUGUUUCUGAGCAAUUCUUGCCUACUCUCUCUAAUGGCUUUUGGCAUGUCAUGUAAUCACGUGUAACUGAACUGUGUCAGCAAAGUGUCUGAUAAUCGAAACCCUGAUUYAAGGAUGGAGCGAGUGAGUUUUUUGCUUUGUUAGUCGAAGGAACAGGUCGUGCGCUCKAUUGUGCUCUGCCACAUUUCCUCAGGGAAGGGCAAGGAUCCUAGUGACAGGGAUGUCCCACUUCUUGCGCUGGCGAUUCACACCCUUCAGUUCAUCCUAGUUCUUUGUAUAGGCUCGGCCACAGGGGCGCAGAUGUCYGGGUUUAGAUGUGAUGCGGGUAGAGAUCAAGGCUUCAGCCACAGUCCCCAGUGUGUCAGUUUAGAUAUAUGACGCUGCCCAGUAUUACAGUGCAAGUGUGCAUAUGGCAGCUGGAUGUGUGGGCACUCCCAAUGCAACCACACAGACACAUGCAGCUUGCACCUUUAGACCACCAAUAUUCGGACCAGCUAGGCCGUGCACACCCUUCAGCUACCCUGGUGCUUUGGAUAGGCUCUGCCUACCGGACCGAAAAGGAUGGCGACACCCAUUGUUCGGCCCUCAAACGUGCCUGUUUGGAGUUUAGAGGGUGGGCAAAUCGAGCGCUGAUAAAAGAAGCCUUUGAAA